AUGGCUCCUCCGAAUCCCUACAUCAAGGCGCUCGCGCCCUCAGCGGGCGGCAGCAAGUCCGCUGCGUCUCCGAAGCGCAAGAACGGCGACAAGAAGGACAAGCGGGGUGGUGGGUCGACUGACGGCAAGGGCAAAGGCAGGGCGGUGGACAGCGUGCUGAGGGACGAGAUUCUGGCCCUUGGAGGGGACGAGGCGGAUCUCGGAAUGCUCGAGGACGUCGAGAGCGGCAGCGAGGUCGAGGGAGAUGAGGAGGGUGAGGCCGGCCUCUUGAGGGACUUGAAGUCGUUCGUCAAGGGUUUGGAUUUCAAGGCGGCGGGCGCGGCUGCUCCUGCCUCGGACUCGGAGGACGAGGCUGCUCAGGACGACGAGGAUGACGAGGAGAGCGACGAGGAGAAUGAGGAUGAGGCAGCAGAAGAGGCGCUCGAGCAGCCCGUCGUCGAGGAGAAGAAGCAGGAGGAGAAGGUGGACGCCGCUCCGCCGAAGAAGGAGUCCAAGGUCGAGCGCGAGGCGCGGAGAAGAGCGGAGAGGGAGGCGGCGAAGGCUGAAGAGGCGCUGAAGAAGGAGGAAGACAAGCUGGCGAAGGAGGAGAAGCGGGCUGCCAAGUUGCAGGGUGGAAAGAGUCCUUGGAUCGUCGACCCUACGCCGCAAUGGUACGCGGUUCCCAUCGUCACGCCCUCCGCCACCGCUCCUCGACCCAAACCCGAACUCGUCACGAUCCUCCUCGAGCGAGGUCGCGCCCUCCUGCAGAAGGAGAACGACCUGUACUCGUCCUCUCUCGACCCGAAGGCGGCGAAGAGCUCGGCUCCUCCCCCUCCGACCGGUCUCUCCAAGGCCGACCAGGUCUUCAUCCAGCAAAUCCUCUCGUCCGGUACCUCCUCCGACCGCAUCUCCGCCCUUCUCCUGCUUGUCUCGUCCUCUCCUCUCCACACGACUACCUACCUCGACCAACUCGCCGCCCUCUGCCGCAAGAAGAGCCGCGACGAGUCUCUGCGCGCCAUGCGAGGUGUAGUCGACUGGUGGUCCGGCGAAAGUGGUGGCAGCCCAACUCGCAAGCUCCGCUACUUCGCCGACCAGCCUGCUCUCGCUACUGUCGCGGCCGCGUACGAGGCGCUCGAGAAGAAGGGCAAAUACGCCGUGUCGGAGUACGAAGGCCUGACGAAGGAGGACGUCGAACGGUGUCUCGUCCUCUUCACGUUCGAGGACUGGUUCAAGCGCUGGUUUUUCCAGAUCUUGCAGGCUCUCGAGCAAAUGUCUGUCGACCCGCUUCCUCACCCGCGGACGCAAGCCGUCAUGCAUCUUUCUGGCCUCCUUCGCGACAAGCCGGAGCAGGAGAGCAACAUCCUUCGCCUCCUGGUCAACAAGCUUGGUGACACGAACCGCGGGAUCGCCUCGAAGACUUCGCACCAUCUCCUCCAGGUCCUCCAGACUCACCCCGGCAUGACCCCCAUCCUUGUCCGCGAAGUCGCCGCUCUCGUUCUCCGACCGCGCACUUCUGCCGUCGCCGCCUCCGCGCCUGCCGCUUCAUCUUCUCACAUGCGUUUCGAAGACGACGAAGACAAGGCGAAGCAGAAGAAGGCUGCUGCUGCCGCCGCCGUCAAGGACCACGCGCGUGACAACGCUCGCUACUACGGCGUCGUUACCCUCAAUCAGGUCAUGCUCAAGAAGGAUCAGGCCGACGUCGCGGGCAAGAUGGUUGAUGUCUACUUUGAAGUGUUCAGCGACGUUCUCGGUCGCUUGCCGGACAAGGAUGACGAGGGAGAAGGAAGCGCGGAUGAGGGCGACAAACAUGCGAAGGGGAAGAAGCGCUCGCGCGGUGGCGACGUCAAGGGGAAGAAGGGUGGCAAGAAGGGUGGUGACGAGAACGGGCGCGAGGACGCAGUCGACGACGUCGACAGCAAGCUCGUUGCGGCCGUCUUGACCGGUAUCAACCGCGCCUUCCCCUUCGCCAAGAUCGACGACGACCUCCUCAAGAAGCGCCUCGACACCUUGUUCCGCAUCACCCACACCAGCACCUUCAACGUCUCGAUCCAGGCGCUCCUGCUCAUCUUCCGCGUCGCGUCGGCCAAGAAGGACAUCCUCGAGCGCUUCUACCGCGCCUUGUACGCCUCUAUGCACGACCCCCGCCUCGCCAACUCGUCGAAGCAGGCGUUGUACCUCAACCUCCUCUUCCGGGCGACGAAGCAGGACCAGGAUGUAAACCGAGUUGCAGCUUUCGUCAAGCGGUUGAUCCAGAUCUUGUGCGGGAUGGACACGACGUUCGUUCUCGGCGGUCUCUUCAUCGUCGGCGAGCUCAUGGCAACGGUCGCUGGCCUCCGCACGCUCGUCACGAUCCCGGAAAAGACCAAGCUGGCGGCUGUCUCUGAAGCUCAGGCUCAGUUGCCGGAGGGCGAGCGGGACUCGCACGCGCUGGACAGCUACGACGGUCGCAAGCGCGAGCCGAAGUUUGCGCACGCCGAGAGCAGUUGCCUGUGGGAGCUGAUGCCGCUCCUGUCGCACUGGCACCCGACUGUCGUGCAAUACGCCUCGGCCGUCCUUUCCGGCGAGCCCAUCUCCGCGACAUCCGACCUCGAGCAGUACUCCGUCGCUGCCUUCCUCGACCGCUUCGUCUACCGCGAAGCGAAGAAAGCGGCGUCAUCGAAGGGUUCGUCAAUGAUGCAGCCCGGCUUGGCGGGUCAGGACUCGACCAACCGGGUCGUCUUGGUCAAGGGCGCGCACAAAGCGAGCAAGGCUGAGGUACCCGUCAACUCGGAGCAGUUCAGGAAGCGGAAUGUGCACGACAUCCCGGCCGACCAGGUCUUCUUCCACAAGUUCUUCAGCUCGAAGGCCGCGCUCGAUGGCGACAAGGCGGCUGCGGCGACAAAGCGCAAGUCUCGCAAGUCGCGCGACUCGGACGACGAGGAGGCCGAGGGCAGCGAUGCCGAGUCUAUCGCGGAUGCAGGCGGCGACAUCGAUGGCGCUGGCUUCGAUGAGGACGAGAUGAUGGCUGCGAUGGGCGACGACGUCGAGGAUGACGAGGCCGAGACGGACGAGGAGAUGGAGGAGGAGAUCUGGAAGGCGAUGCGGAAGAGCAUGCCGAAGGCGAAGGGCGACUCGGAUCUCGAUGACUUGCUCGACGAGGAGGCGAGCGGCGUGGACAUAACCGACGAUGACGACCUCGCGCAGUACGACUACACGGACUCGGAGGACGAAGGUGCGGAAGGAAAGGCUGGUGCCGCCGAGGAAGAGGGCGAGUGGAAAUCUGCUUUCCCCGACGAGGACGAGGGCGACGAUGGUUCCGACGGCUUCGUCGAGGCCGACGACGACCUGCUCGGCUCGGACGAGGACAUCAUGCUCGGCGGCGGAUCGGACGACGACGAGGAGGACGAGGAGGACAAGGCGCGGAGCAAGAAGAGCAGCAAGAAGCGCAAGGUCAAGCACCUGCCGACCUUUGCCAGCGCCGAGGACUACGCGCACCUACUCGGCGACAGCGACAACGAUGCGUAG